AGAACAGUGCUCGGCACAUAGUAAGCGCUUAACAAAUACCAACAUUAUUAUUAUUACGACAAAGGAAGCAGGUAGCAUGGAAGCGCGCGCCUCGGAGAUAGUAGAGAAAAGAAAGAGCGUUGUACCGUGGGUCGCAACCCCUAAGGGCGGGGCGAAUAUCGGAGAGGCGGGGAUUGGCCAGCGGGCGGCGAGACGGCGUGCAUCGGCGGUGACGCACGCCAACGGCGCGGGUGCGCGCGCGUCCAGCGUCCUCUUUGUGUGGUUCCCAGAACGGGAGAGGACGAAGAGGUGGUGGUUGGGCCUACUCCGUUAUAGCCUUCAUUUCGGCGCCUUCCUGCACACCGGCUCCCGACCUUUUUCGCCUGUUCGCCGUCCCGUGAGGGUGACGGGCGGCGGCAGCCGGGCUGGGCUGGAGAAGUGAGGGCGGCGAAGCUGCGGCGCUUGCUGGGCGUGGGGAAGGUCGGGGCCGCGGAGAUGGAGAACUCGCAGCUGUGUAAACUGUUCAUCGGCGGCCUCAACGUGCAGACGAGCGAGUCGAGUCUGCGCUGCCACUUCGAGGCCUUCGGGACGCUGACGGACUGCGUGGUGGUGGUCAACCCCCAAACCAAGCGCUCCCGCUGCUUCGGCUUCGUGACCUACUCCAACGUGGAGGAGGCCGACGCCGCCAUGGCCGCCUCGCCGCACGCCGUGGACGGCAACACGGUGGAGCUGAAGCGGGCCGUGUCGCGCGAGGACUCGGCCCGGCCCGGCGCCCACGCCAAGGUGAAGAAGCUGUUCGUCGGCGGGCUGAAGGGCGACGUGGCCGAAGACGACCUGGUGGAGCACUUCUCGCAGUUCGGCCCCGUGGAGAAGGCCGAGAUCAUCGCCGACAAGCAGUCGGGCAAGAAGCGUGGCUUCGGUUUCGUCUAUUUCCAGAGCCACGACGCGGCGGACAAGGCGGCCGUGGUCAAGUUCCACCCCAUCAACGGUCAUCGCGUGGAGGUGAAAAAGGCCGUGCCCAAGGAGGAUAUCCACCCGGGCAGCAGCGGUCCCAGGCCAGGCCGGGGAGGCCGGGGAGGCCGGGGCCGCAGCGGAGCCCGCGACCUGAACGGCUUGUCCAAGGGCGGCGGCGGCUACAAUAGCUACGAUGGCUAUAGCAGGGGCGGCGGCUAUAACGCUUAUAUCGGCGGCGGUUCCUCCUACGGCGGAAGCGACUACGGCAACGGGUUCGGCGGCUUCGGAAGCUAUAGCCAGCACCAGUCCUCGUACGGGCCCAUGAAGAGCGGCGGCGGCGGCAGCUGGGGCGGUCGAAGUAACAGUGGACCUUAUCGGGGUGGUUACGGGGGCGGUGGGGGCAGCGGCGGCUAUGGGGGCAGCUCCUUUUGAGAGGGGAAAGCGAAGGGGGCCCUUUGGGCCUAAAAGCCCAACCUGUGGUCAACUCCUAGAUGCUCGACCACCCACCUCGCAGGACUUAGGUCGUCUGCGGUAGUCCUUUGGAAUCAGGGGUUGCCCGUUCGCCUUCCACCCUCCACCCCACUGAAGAUGGACUCGGCACCAUGUACACAUUUUGUGUUACAGUCAUUAAUGGACUCUAUUUUUUUAUUAUUACUAGGACUUCGGUCGUUUUUAUACUAGCAGACUGUUUCGUGUUUGGUUUUGGGGAGGGCGAGGGAGGGCCAUCUUGCCGCUUCUAUAGCAAAACCUACGUGGGUGGGUGGGGACAGGAGGGAGGGACUUUGUUGUAAAACUUGAUACCUAGCUACAGCAUUUUCUAUAAAAUCUAAUCUGAUCCCGUAACUGGGAUUUUGAAAGUUGUAAAACACAAAUCAUUUACAUUUUGUUUUUAAUAAAUCAUUGUGAUUGACCGUAUAUGUUUAACUUUUUUUCCCUGCAACCAUUCUGAACGUUUUAAGGGAUUUUCAUUUGGAGGGAUAGUUUUUUUGGUUUUUUUUGGUUGAUUGUCGGGUUUUAUUACCUUUUAAAAUGUACUUGGAGAAACUUUAAAAGGUCCUAAUUUUCCUUUGUGGUACCUUACUAGUUAAUUUACACUUUUCAGUUGCCAUCCACUACCCUGUCGGGUUGCUUGCCCCCCGGUAGAAUUUUUUUUCUAAUAAAUUUUGUUAAAGUAUGUGCCAUAGAGUUUUGAAGAAAUCGUAUGUUAUGUUUGUCAAAGUUUUCAGGUGGCUUAGAAUCAGUUCUCAAAUUUGAAAUGAGUCGUUACAGGUGAGAAUGAAUCACCCUGAAGAUAAAUGCAUGAGUUGCAUUUUCAGAGGAGCGGUUAGAAAUUUUUUUUAGUUACACUUAUUUGAAAUGCUGUCCUCAUUCUAUUUCCUUUCCCAACUUCCUCUGAGACCUUAGUAGCACCAUCUAGUGGCACAAUAACUGAAUUAGCGGUGUGCGGUAAAGGUUUACUGGUUUAAGUAAAUUUCUCUAGGUUUGGAACUGGUCAUCAGAACAACCUGUGGAUCGGAAUAGUUGCAAACCAAAGUUUAACUAAAGAUUCACUUCCCAGGAAUGUGGGUCCCCAUAUCUGUUACAGCUGCUUGGAUUCCCAUCUAAACUGAAAAUGUAAAACUGCUGUGCCUAGCUUGGGCCCUGGCCCCAAACUGCUAAGAUUGUAAGCCAGCUAAGUGUGCCAGUAAUUCAGGAGCCAGUUAUAUAGUGAAAUAUCUGUACUCUGCUUGAUUAACAUGUAUACCUGCAGCCCUUUCAUGCAAGAGAAUUCCAGUAGUUUAGUUUAAAAAAGUGUAAUAUGGGGUAUACAUGGGUAGAAAUAGAGAAUUAGCAGCGUUUAUGAAUACUGCAAAUAAAGAACGCAUUUUAUCUA